AUGCUGUCCAUUAAACUAUCUUUGGUAGUAUUUAUUCUAUUUCCCAGUUUCUGCUAUGCACAGUAUUAUUACGACGAUGAUUCCUCGUCGAAAUCGGUGAGUUACUGCAUGUAGUUAGGAAAGAGGUUGUUGCUUGUUUAUAGUAGUGGAACUAUAUUGCACCGAUUCUGCCUCAAUUUAGCCCCAUACUUGAAUGCUCUAAUCAUAUAAUUUUUACUUUCUUUCGCGAUUCAGAAUCAUUUAAAACCACGUUGACUGAACGUGGAACCAAGUCUAAAUGAAAAACUGUAAACCUUAUUAAUGCUAGUUGUUGCUUCUCCUUUCAGUGCGGCUGUGACAAGAUUUCGAAAGACGACGUUCCAGAAGUGCCGGGUAAACCGUGUACAUUGACGGUAUAUCAAGGCCCAGGUCCCGUAGGUCCUGCCGGUCCUGCCGGUCCUUCCGGCCCAAAGGGCGAUCAAGGAGCUAAAGGGCCUCCGGGACCGCCCCGCAAUAUGAACUGGAAGCAGUGUGUUUUCAGCGGACUUAGUGAUCAUAAAGACCUUGGCUUGAUAAAGGUAAUCUUCAAAUGCGAUCAUUAA